UUUAAUUUGCUAAUAAAAGCUAUAUUAUGUAACUAUAACAGGCAACUUGUUGGUAUCAAGCCACUUAAUAGGGUUUGAGAACCACCACUCCCUACCAUAGCUAAUACUAACUAUGGUGGGUGUAGUAGAACACAGGGCUGUAUACAUCUAGCGGUCGGCAGCAGUGGGCCCCACCCCUGGCUUUGACAUUCUCAGAUUAGUGAGAGGGAACUCCCUGUGAGUCAGGGUCACAGGAGCCUUUAACGACACCAGUCCACUUUCAAGAUAUGUUUUGGAACAUAUUAUAAAGAAACCAGUGGCGGAUGGUGAUAAAAUGUAUUUGGGGGCUGCAGUUUAAAAAAAAGUUGUUUUGGGGCAGGGGUUAAACAUACUGAAGCCAGACUCAACAAAAACAACACAACACACAAUACGACAGUCCUGUAGCCUUCAUCGGAAACGUAGCUUCAUUGUGACUGUGGCAACUUUCAUGCAAUUUUCAGAGAGAUGUUUAAGGUCUUGCAAAACAGCAAACAGGUGAAUCAGUAAAAGACAUUACUUACACCACAUCCAGUAACCUCUGUUUCUCAUAACAAGAGCGGGAGAAGCACCAGGUGUAAACUCGUCCUCAUCACUUGCUGCUGAAUCUGUAAAUGGCGUAGGUCUGGACCAAGCUCUUUUAUCCUCUUUUUGUCUUGUUGGGGUGUUUUUGUUAAGAAAUGACUGGAUUAUCUUCAACGGUCAAAUUGCAGUGGACGUAACUGGAUGUACAUUAGACGGCGUCGAGGUUCGAUCAAACACAUUAGAUUUUAAAAAUGUAAAUCAAUCCCUAUUGGCUGUAAAUAAAAGUGGGAGUGCUGGGGGGGCAGAGAGCUGCGUCCUGUGGAAAAUCUGCAACAACCAAUUAAAGAGCAGCCUCCGGUCCAGUGGUUGCCAAAAGUAUAUGGGCCCCCAUUCACAUCCAUUUGGCCGGCGCCCCGCACCAGGAAGUAUUAUGUAUUUAGACAGAAAUUAACUCAACACAAUUGGAAAACAACUUAUAUUUAAUGCUCACAGGCGCUUAUUGUCUACCAGGAGCAUUGUACGAGUAAAAUAUUGUUUUAUAAUUCAAUUAUGUUUAACAUUCUUAUACAGGCUUUUUUGCCCCAGGAUAUUGGAGGGGACUUCACCCCAUAUUAACCAGCUGCCACUGAAAGAAAACAAAAUGCCUAAAUCACUCUACUCUAAAAACACUGAAAGGAUGAUUUUUGCACGGUUGAUUAAAUUCUUUAGACAUUUUCACCUCGCUUGCUGCUGCCACUAUUGAAAAGCAGUUUGUCGCUUUAUCAUGGGAUAGAUCGGGACGGGGAAGGAUCCACUUUUGCUUUGUCAUCCACAUUUUGAGGAGCCUUUCGAACUGGGACAGUCUAGUCGCGCUGCUGUGACGCAAGCGGCCAUCACAGGCAGCCUCCGAAGGAUGCGGCCCAUUGCACUUUUGCGACGGUCCCUAACUCCAGUGGGUCAUUGUCCCAUCUGUGCGGGGUCUUCUCUGCUGUUUACUGUGUCCAUCAGCUGCUGGUGUGAGAAGGAAACAUCACACUGCACACUAACAUGAGAGCUGGGGGUCAUGUUGAGGAAGAGGCUGUGUGAGGAAGAGGAUCAUCUCCAGCAGCCGGCACAGGACCCGACCAUCUGAAGCGGAGUGGGGGGGUAGUCGGCUAAGCUGCUUACAGCCCGGCCAGCAGCAGCAGGCCUCCGGUGCAAGGGAUGCGAGGAAUGGACGGCGUCACCAGCGCAGAGAAACAGGCGUGUGAGAGGAGGCUUUGUUCGGCUCGGCUGUCAUCGACAUAACUGGACCAACUCACCUGAAGGAAUGUUCACCCUCACAGAAGUAGCCUCCCUGAACGACAUCCAGCCAACCUAUCGAAUCCUGAAACCAUGGUGGGAUGUCUUCAUGGAUUAUCUCGGUAUUGUCAUGCUGAUGUUGGCCAUAUUUUCAGGAACCAUGCAGUUAACCAAAGACCAAGUGGUCUGUCUUCCCAUCCUGGAACAAACUCCAGAGGAGGCUGGGGGCUUCUUGGGCCCCCAACCACCAGAGACAGCUGAUGGUUUCUGGAACAAAGAAAGUGCCAUUGGGGAGCAAGCUGCUCCCCUAAUGGCUAAAAGGCCUCCUGAUAGCGUUGCACCUACAAUUCACAUGGCACAGCAAUCUACUGUCGGGCAACCCCAACCUACAGGUGUCAGAACCAAGCUGGAUUUUCAGCAGUAUGUUUUCGUGAACCAGAUGUGCUACCAUGUUGCCCUUCCUUGGUAUUCCAAAUAUUUCCCCUACCUCGCUCUAAUCCACACUAUUGUUUUAAUGGUCAGCAGCAACUUCUGGUUCAAGUACCCGAAGACAAGCUCCAAAAUAGAACAUUUUGUGUCCAUCCUUGGAAAAUGUUUUGAAUCACCUUGGACUACUAAAGCACUGUCCGAGACCGCUUGUGAGGACUCGGAGGAGAACAAGCAAAGACUGGCUGAUGCGUCCUGCCUCCUUAAACAUCUGUCCACAAGCAGCGAGGAGGGGAGUCCAAACCAGUCUGCCCCAGUGCUGACUAAAUCUGGGGUCACGUUCUCGGCUGAAAAGCUUGUGAGUGAAGUUCCCUCUAUGACGAUACUGGACAAGAAAGAUGGGGAGCAAGCAAAGGCCUUGUUUGAAAAAGUUCGGAAAUUCCGUGCCCAUGUGGAAGACAGUGACUUGAUUUACAGGCUGUAUGCCAUUCAGACAGUCAUCAAAACAGUCAAAUUCAUUUUGAUCCUUUGCUACACAAUGACAUUUGUUGCCUCUAUAGAUUUUGACCAUGUGUGUGAGCCUGAGAUAAAGCAUUUGACUGGAUACUCUAAAUUCCAUUGUACACAUAACAUGGCUUUCAUGUUGAAGAAGCUACUUGUCAGCUAUAUUGCUCUCAUAUGUGUUUAUGGCGUUAUUUGCAUAUAUACAUUGUUCUGGCUUUUUCGUCGGCCACUAAAGGAGUAUUCCUUUGAAAAAGUCAGAGAGGAGAGCAGCUUCAGUGACAUUCCUGAUGUUAAAAAUGACUUUGCUUUCCUCCUCCACAUGGUCGAUCAGUAUGACCAGCUGUACUCAAAGCGUUUUGGAGUUUUUCUCUCAGAAGUGAGUGAAAACAAACUUCGAGAGAUCAGCCUGAACCACGAGUGGACCUAUGAGAAGUUGCGACAGCAUGUAACACGCAAUGCUCAAGAAAAGCUGGAACUUCAUCUUUUUAUGCUAUCCGGAGUUCCGGACGCUGUGUUUGAUCACACCGAUUUGGAAAUCCUUAAACUAGAAUUAAUCCCAGAGGCCAGGAUAACUGCUAAGAUCUCACAAAUGAUAAACCUCCAGGAGUUGCAAUUCUAUCACUGUCCAGCCAAAGUUGAGCAGACUGCUUUCAUUUUUCUUCGCGAUCACCUACGGUGCCUUCAUGUCAAAUUCACAGAUGUCGCUGAGAUUCCUAGCUGGGUAUACUUAUUAAAAAGCUUAAGGGAACUAUACCUGAUUGGUAACCUGAACUCUGAAAACAAUAAAAUGAUUGGACUCGAGUCUCUCCGAGACCUCAGGCACCUAAAGAUUCUGCAUCUCAAAAGCAACCUCACAAAGGUUCCCACAAACAUAACCGAUCUGUCCCCACAUCUGAUCAAGUUGGUCAUUCAUAAUGACGGUACAAAGCUUUUAGUACUGAACAGUUUGAAGAAAAUGAUGAAUCUCGCAGAGUUGGAGCUUCAUAAUUGUGAGCUGGAGCGAAUCCCCCAUGCUAUCUUCAGUUUGAGCAACCUUCAGGAGCUUGAUCUCAAAUCCAACAAUAUUCGUACCAUCGAGGAGGUCAUCAGCUUUCAGCACCUGAAGAGACUAACGUGCCUCAAGCUUUGGCACAAUAAGAUCAUCAACAUUCCUCUGUCAAUCAGCCACGUCAAAAACCUUGAGUCACUCUAUCUCUCGCACAACAAGCUUGAGUCUCUACCCUCUUCAUUAUUCACCCUCCUGAAGUUGAGGUACCUUGACGUUAGCCAUAACUCCAUAGUGGUGAUACCACUGGAGGUUGGCUUUCUGCAGAACCUCCAACAUUUUGCCAUUAACAACAACAGAGUCGAGGUCGUCCCAAAGCAACUGUUCAAGUGUAACAAGCUGAGGACCUUAUGUAUCAGCCACAACUGCAUCUCGUCCAUUCCUGAGAAAAUUGGCCAACUCACACAGCUGGCACAUCUGGAAAUGAAGGGAAACUGCCUGGAUCGUCUGCCCGUCCAGCUCGGUCAGUGCUGCCUCCUCCGCAGGAGCUGCCUGAUGGUGGAGGAUCACCUCUUCGACUCUCUCCCCAUGGAGGUCAAAGAGAGCAUCAAUCAGGAAUCCAGUGUUUCUUUUACAAAUGGGUGCAAGUGUCUAAGUGAUGGGCGGUAGUUACAUUCUACCUGGGAUCAUAAGUUUGGAGCAUUUCAUCUUAGUUUUUUAGGUCAUGCAUUGAGAAGCAGUAGUUCAAGGUACAGUGUUGUAGGCAAUACUCGCCUUGCCUAUGCUUCGUGAUGUUUUAGGAGCAUACACAUGAACACACCGCAGCACAGACGAAGUCAGUACCACUGGAGAUAUUUUAGAUAAACAGUAGAUAUUAUCACAACUUGUGUCACAUCCUUGUUUUUAUUAAUUUUGUACUCAGUCAAUGUGGUUGUACAAAAGUAGUUAAAUCACUCAGUUUAUAUUUUUUGUAACUUUUGUUUGCAAUAUGUCUACAGUCAAAUGUACAUAGUUUGUCCUUUUUGAAGUACAAUUUUAUUAGGUUUUCUUCAAACUAACUUGGUUGUUUAAUGUGGUUGACCUCGGCUUAAAGGUUUGGUUCACUCAAAUUACAAAACGUAGCAAUGCAGCUAACUUGCUGCCAAGAUUUUUUCCAUUUAGAUUUGAUUACAUUUGGUCUCCCCAGGUUUUGGGCCUCGGUGCUCACAACAAUAAAAUAUUACAUUUGACAACGAUAAACAGCAACAUUUCUUUUCAGGAACAAUGCUCCCAUUACUAGCAUAAAACCUCAUUGCAGUUUUUAUGACAGCUGCCUUACGUGCAGAAAUAUUUAUAUUAGUGAGGUCUGUGAAUUAUCCAGAGCUCCCUAGAUAUUGUUCAAGAAAUUCAGUGUUGUGAGCACCUCAAACAUAAAUGUAUUCCUUCGCUUGGAGUAGAGACAGCAAUCUUAGAGACUGAUAUCUCACAUCUUAGACCAGCAAAUCAAACCUACCUUCAUGAGAAUAUUUUUCUCAUUUGGACGAACAGACCCUUUAGAGAGCACUCAACCAUUACAGUAUCCUGUGGACCACUAAAAGAUAUUAUUCCAGUAGUUUCCAUCUGGUCUAGCUUCAGGGCCCAAGACAGACAUCCGGUCUGACAUUAACCAACUUGACACCCAUUCUGUAAACAUUAUUUCCAUCCAUCCACUCUGCAUCUUCUUGUUGUGAAGGGACAUAGCUAACCACACUGCCACCCUUUAAUGUUAUAUCACAAAAAAAUAACUGAAGUGCAGCUGUGUAAAGCUCAAAUAUUUAAGUAAAAAUAAAAAGAAGCUUUGCACAUUAACAUUAAAACCAUUUCAGACACAGUUACAAGCAUUUGGGGCUUAUUAAGCUGACUGAAACUACAGCAUAACAUAUGAACAGGCCUGACAAAGAGAAAAGAUUGAUACAACAGCUGCAGUGCAAUAGGUUUUAACCCCAAAACUUCUACAUUUAAACUCGUAUAAUUACAACCACAUGCAUUCCAGUUUGAAUACACUUGUUAUACGUCAUUAUUUUUAUACACUUAAUUUGACAAACAGAGUAAAUUGGAGUUUUGUUUCCUGUGCACAGGCCAACUCACAAUGAUGCAUUUUAUUACUUUUAUUUUUGCGCCCCCGUUUUACUAUGUUUGAUUCUUGUAAACAAUAUUUAUGUAUUUUGUGUGUUCUUUGUAUGUGAUCAUGAUCUCAUUGUCUUGUAUCUAUCUGUACAGCAGUUUGUAAACCUGGUUUUAAAAUGUGUUACACAAAUACUGUGUGUAAUUCUACUACUAUUACUAUUGGAAGUUAGAAAUGAAGCUAAAAUUGCACUAUAAUAGUUUUUGUAACAUAAAAACAUCAUUAUGAAAUAUUCAGCAUACUUAUAAAGUUGAACCUUGAUGGCAGAUGUAUUUAUUAUCAAAGAAAGUGCAGGCAAAAAAGUUCUCCUUACUUAACUUGAAAACACUGCAAUCAAGCCAAACAUCCCAAACUCUGAAGGGAUCACGUCACAACGUUUGAUUCCGAAGUCAUUUAACUGAGGUUUAUAAACAUUGUGACCGAUACUAUCUAUGCACUACACUCACUGAAGUGUUUCUUUUUUCAAUUAGUGGAGAAUUAUGUGGAGAACCGUAAUAACCAGAUGUAUUUCUUUUUUCUAUGCUUUGUUACUAUCAAAAGUCUAAAUUAGAAAUAAUCGACUACGGAACAACAAUUUACAAUAUAGUAUUUUGAAAGUUAGCAUUAAAAUGCUCUCAGUCAGGUGCAGCUUUGCCAACACUCUUGUCCCUCUACCCCACAGCUAUUUGUUUAAAAAGCUUCACAUGCGGAACGCAAUAGUCUCUCAGUGAAAAUGACAUGAAGCAGUUUCUCAACCAAGUCCAGUUACCUGUUUUAGCACUUGGAUAUCCCAUGACCUGGAUGACUGAGAAUCUCCACAGACAUAUGACAUGAAGCGGUGUAACACACAGUGCUCCUAUACCUCACUGUCUCCUGUUCAUCCAGUUCACACUUAUGAAUGACUCAUCAUUUCAGGAGAACAUUCUGUAAGUGUAGGAUGACUGGACUAUCACAACUGUGUUGUAUUUUACUAAAUAUAAUAAAACCCCUCUCUCUUGCUGAUCGUGUGUGUGUGUGCGAGAGAGGGAGAGCUGUGAGCACAUAAGCAUUGUGGGAAAUCAAAACAUUUCACUGGAAUAAAUAUGAGUUCUGAAUAAA